CAUGUUUAAUAAUUAAAAAAAAUAUCAUAUUUUCCAGUCCAAUCUUCCAGAUGAUGAAAAUUCGAAAAGAGAACUUGGAUUUGGGGAUAUAUUUUUGAAUAGAUUAUUUCAUACGAAGUUGCUUCUAACAGACUACAUUGAUUCGACAUUUGAGGAACUAGUGGACCCACAAACGCUAUCCAAUUCUAUUCGUUACUUCCUCUGCAUGUUGGAUAAAAUUGGAGAUGACUUUAACAUUGAUUCAGACGUACUACAAUCAUGGAAAAAUGAGAUGUAUGCUACACGAAUUUUGGCUCCAUUGAUUGGUAAACCAGACAUACUGUUUGACGUUAAUGUGCCUGGACAUGUCGGGCCAUGUUUGGACAUUCUAAGACAAGUGUUUGUAGAAAGCUUCACGCAAACAGCUCACAAAGUAAACAAGGAUUCACCAACACAGAAAUUAUUGUUCCAUAAAGAUGUACCAAGAUACAGAAAACUCAUAGGUCCUUUCUUUAAAGGGAUAGAGCCAGUCAAUGAUCAGGCAUUCUGGAGUGAAAUAUACGAACUAUCAAAUAAACAGAAAGCAGAAUUGAAGUUCAAUAGACAGUUGACUUUUCAACAGCUAUAUGAUUUGUUCAUUGGAAAGUACAGAAGUGAAAUACUUGACGAUUUUGAGGAUAUGGAAGAAAGCAGAGACCUCCAAUUUGCCAAAAAGGUUGAAGAAAUCAUAGAUUUGAUGGAAGAAUGUUCUAAAAAUUCAUAAAUGAAUAUAGCAGAAUAUCGCAGAAACUGUAAUUUUUCACGACAUUUAAAACUAACUUAAAUGAUGACAUUUAAGAUAUCUAUGGACAUAAAUGCUUAAAGUUCGUCAGUAAAUUUAAUGAAAUCAAAGGUUUUGUGAAGUAAUUGUACAUGCAUGAUAAAUUUAAUGACUGUAAUAAAUAUUUUCCCAAUAAAGAUAACCAACUAGUUAAGUAAAUGAAUAUGGUAUGAUAUGUGGAAUUCAAUGUUUUAUUCUGCAUGUAUUACUUUACAUUUGUGUACUUCUUUUUUAAUACAUUAUUACAAUUAUACUGCCAUUUGUUAUGAAUAAUAAGAUUUUUAUAUUUCAUUUUGGAAAAGAAGGUUGAUAUGAUAAAAGCAGUGUAAAGAAAAGGCAUCGCAAUUUGAUGUUUUAAGAAAGAAUGACUUUAAGGAAGUGCAUGUCUAUAGAACCUUUAUUUCAUAUGUGCUCAUAUUAUUUUAUUUUAAGUACUUAACUAUUGUAA